UCUCUCUCCACUUUCAGUCCCGACAUUCAUCUCCAUAAUGGAAAUGCAUAUAAAUAAUAUAAUAAUAAUAAUAGAAUAAUAGAAUUAUAAUAUAUAAAUUAGGGAUGGGACAAUAUAUUUCUAGUUAUGAAAUCUUGAGAACAAAAAAUAAAUGACGAAAUGUAAUGAGGCAAAUUUUUUUAUAUUUAAACAUAAUUUAAACAUCUGCAUUAUUGUUUUAUGUCAUCUAAAAUCUACUUGCACAGUAUUAUUAGCAAACAUUAGAGGGCCUAUCCUAAUGGAGUUCAUAUCAUAUCUGGUGACUUUAAUCAGGCAUGUUUAAAGACUGUACAUCCAAAAUUCUCACAACAUGUGAAAUGUGCCACCGGAGAAAGUAAUACACUUGGUCACGUGUAUUCAAAUAUCAAGCAUGGCUCUAGAGCUGUGACCCUCCCACAUCUGGGCCUAUCUGACCAUGUCUCACUGUUCCUUGUCCCAGGUUAUACUCCCCUCAGGAAACAGAUAAAGCAACCACAAAAACUAUCAAAACCAGGCCUGAGGGAGCACUAUUCCAACUAUAAGAUUGCUUUGAAAGGACUGAAUGGGACUUAUUUAAACACCAGGACCUGGCAGAAUAUACACAAACUGUUCUGUUCUAUAUUGUCAGCUGUACUGACUUCUUCACUGAGGCGAAGCGCAUCCGGGUAUUUCCAAACCAGAAACACUGGAUGGCGUCAGAAGUCUAUCCUCACCUGAGAGCUUGUGAUAUGGCCUUCAAAUCAGGUGACAGGGCUCUUUACAGUACUGUGAGAGCAAACCUAAAAAGAGGCAUCAAAAAUGCUAAGCUGGUCUACAAGAGGAAGAUAGAGGACCACUUUACUAGAAACAACACAAGGCGGGUGUGGCAGGGAGAGCAGCAUAUUACAAACUUCAAGGGCAGCGCCACCACUGGCUGUAACACCAGCGCAUCACUGGCAGAGGAGCUAAACUGUUUCUUUGCACGUUUUGAGGCAAAGUCUCCACUCCAACACACAUCUCCUCGUGAUACAGGAACUCAGACACUGACUGUACAGGAGGUGAGACAGGUGUUCAAGUCAGUGAAUCCCAGAAAGGCUGCAGGCCCUGAUGGAGUGCUUGGAAAGGUACUCGGGGCUUGUGCCUACGAACUUGCUGCUGUCUUUACAAAUAUUUUCAAUCUGUCCCUGUCACAAGCCAUUGUCCCACCCUGCCUUAAACCAGCCAUUAUCAUCCAGGCCCCAAAGAAGACUGCUGUAGACAGUUUAAAUGUCUACAGACCCAUUGCUCUUACUUCUAUUGUCACAAAGUGUCUAGAGAGAGACUAGUAUUGAGGUAUAUUAAAGCUAUCCUCCCUCCCACUUUUGACCCCCAUCAAUUUGCUUACAGGGACAACAGGUCAACAGAAGAUGCCAUUGCCACAGCCCCCCACAAGGCUCUGGAGCACCUGGAACACACAGGGACUUAUGUCCGGAUGCACUUCAUUGAUUAUAGUUCUGCUUUCAGUACUAUCAUACCAGAUAUACUCAUCAGGAAAGUCCUCCAUUUGGGCCUCUCCGCUCACCUGUGCACCUGGAUUAUGGAUUUUCUCACUAACCGCCCUCAGUCUGUAAGGCUUGGUCUCAUCUCUCCUCCUCCCUCACUCUUAGCACCAGUUCCCCACAGGGAUGUGUGCUGAGUCCACCAUUCUACUGUCUCUAUACAUAUGACUGUAUCUCCACAUAC